AUAUUAAAUUGAAACGAAGCUUGUGUGUCUACAAGCAUAAAACAAAUAUAACUCGGAGCUAGUGAACAGUGAUAAUUCCUUAAUGCUCUCAUCCCUGUGUCUUCAUAAGAUGGUCACUUUUUAAUUAUUUUAUUUUUACUGUAUAAACUAUAAGCAUGUUGAUACAAGAUCACAGAGAUGAUCACAUUUUACAGUGUGUAGAAAAUGUUUCAUUAGUGAAAUAAUAAGAGUCCUUCGAAAUUGAGACAACAUGUGUUGCCCCAAAUAUUCUUUGAAUAUAUAAGAAACUUUUUUUUGGCCUUAUGAUAAGGUUUGUGAAUAAAGAGAGAUAAAACUGGAAAAAGACUAAACAGAUUAGGAUAAUUUUAUCAUCUGUAUAUACAGUGGGUGUAUUUGUCUGCUAGUGACGCUAAAACUACUUCUUUAUCUUCCAGAACACAUAAAAUUGAUAAUAUUUUAUACCUCGGGACACUUUAGACACACAAUGAGUGAAUUAUGUGCUUUAAGCAGCUGACCGUACUGAUUGCACAACAAAACAAAAUUAAAAAGAUUAAAUUAUAGCAGAAUAAGAGUUUUCUUCAAUUACUUGUGUUCCUACUCCUCCUCCUUUAAGGGCCGUUGAGGUCAGAGAACACUAGUUUGGGAGGCAAUAGAGAAGUAUUGCAUGGAAAAUAAAAUACAAUAAAAUAAAAACACUAAAGGCUUCUGAUUUUCACUUAUAUGUCAGCAUGAUAGCAUCGAUGAGUGGUGUACGCCGACUGUCCGAAGGCUCAGCAGUCAAAGGUAAUAACAGAUAUCUUUUUCUGUGCGCACAGGACUGGGGUGUCUGGUUGCCCUAUACGGUGUCACUGCAUGACUGGUGCUAUGACUGGCCACAGGGGUAAUUUAGAGGUACACAGGUCAACAAGGGUGGGUAUUUGGGACUAUCAAGCCCCCAUCUGCUGUGGCAAAAUGAAGCCCUGAAUCUUUAGCAGGAUACAUAUUGACAUAUAAUUGCUUAGAAAAUGUUUCAAAACACCAAAAGCAUUCAAUCUGAAUAAUCUUGUGUUGUAUAUGAACUCACAUGUAAUGUAAGGCCUGAAUUUGAAGGCCAUCAAAAAGAACUUGAACUUCAGCGAAGUCGACAAAAACUGAGUCACUGUGCCUUUAAGAAGCCCCCACCGUCUCGCAACAGGGGGGGCGUGAGCUGAAUCCAGGAACAGCGAUUGAAAAAAAAAAAAAAAACGCUCCACCAGCGGACUGUUUCAAGUUCCCCCCGGCUGAAACCCUGCCUGAUUUGUGGGCAAUGUUGGAGAUGUAGAAAAAAAGGAAACCGGAGCAAAGAGAGCGCAAGGGAGAGAUAGGGAGACAACACUAACUAGGUAGCUAUGGAGAUAGUAGGUUUUCCUGGUAGCUUUCUUUGACAGGUGUCGAGUGGGAUAAAAUAAAGUAUCAGAACAGCCUCCAAGAUGUACGGCAAAGGAAAAGGAGCUGUUGUCCCCUCCGAUAGCCAAGCAAGAGAAAAGUUGGCGUUAUAUGUGUACGAAUACCUGCUACAUGUGGGAGCACAGAAAUCAGCACAGACCUUCCUGUCUGAGAUUCGAUGGGAGAAGAAUAUUACAUUAGGGGAGCCCCCCGGAUUCCUCCAUUCAUGGUGGUGCGUAUUCUGGGAUUUGUAUUGUGCAGCUCCAGACCGAAGAGAGACGUGUGAACACUCCAGUGAGGCAAAGGCCUUCCACGACUAUAGCGCAGCGGCAGCGCCAAGCCCAGUGAUGGGCAACAUGCCACCCAAUGAUGCCAUGCCAGGUGGUCCCAUGCCCCCAGGCUUCUUCCAGGGACCACCCGGCUCUCAGCAGUCCCCCCAUGCACAGCCCCCCCCACACAACCCCAGCAACCCCAUGAUGGGACCCCAUGGCCAGCCUUUCAUGUCACCGCGGUAUCCAGGUGGACCGCGCCCCUCACUCCGAAUGCCAAAUCAGCCUCCUGGUGGUAUCCCAGGAUCUCAGCCUCUCCUGCCAAACAGUUUGGACCCAACAAGACCGCAAGGUCAUCCUAACAUGGGUGGACCAAUGAGAAUGAACCCUCCCAGAGGAAUGGCCAUGGGCCCACAGAAUUAUGGCGGUAUGAGGCCUCCUCCCAACUCAAUGGGUGGUCCAAUGCCAGGAAUGAACAUGGGUCCCGGAGGAAGAGGGCCUUGGCCAGGUCCUAAUGCUAACUCUAUAGCCUACUCCUCCUCAUCUCCAGGAAACUAUGUGGGUCCUCCAGGCGGAGGAGGUCCACCUGGAACUCCCAUCAUGCCAAGCCCAGGUGAUUCAACUAAUUCCAGUGAAAACAUCUAUACGAUGAUGAAUCCAAUUGGACCUGGAGGCAACAGACCCAAUUUCCCUAUGGGACCUGGGCCUGAUGGGCCAAUGGGAGCUAUGGGAGCCAUGGAGCCACACCACAUGAAUGGAUCACUAGGGUCUGGGGAUAUGGAUGGGUUGCCAAAGAGUUCUCCCAAUAACAUGGGGGGCAUGAACAACCCUCCAGGGACGCCGAGAGAUGACGGCGAAAUGGGCGGCAACUUUUUGAACCCAUUCCAAAGCGAAAGUUAUUCACCCAACAUGACGAUGAGUGUGUGAUUUUAUUUUCCUUUUUUUUUGUAUUUUCAUUUAUUUCUUUCCCCCUCUUUAUUUUUUGUAACCUACACCUGAUUUUUUUUUUUUUCUUCAACUGAAUCCUUACUUCACCUUGGACUGGAUCACUUCCCUUCCUCCGCCCACACACACCCUCUGUCCCCUCCUCAAACGGGGACCCACUACUACCCAACCCACCACCCCGUUUUUGUUUGUUUUUUUAUUUUCCCCUCUUCUCACUCGGGAACUCUACGGCCACAGCCUUCUGGGACAGCCCUUGAGCAUGCUGGGACUCUAAUUAAGACGGGCCCUCCCGGCGCAUGUAAGCUGGCUGCGGGUGUGAAUAGGAAGCAGUCACAGAGCAACAGGAAGAGCCUCCUCUCUGACUCCGGCCCCAGCCUCCCUGGCUUCCUGUCAGGGUCUAGACAAUGAGCGAGGGAAGGAGGACAAAUGGAGAGAAAGGGGGAGAAAGGAGACUUGAAACACAGCCCUCCCCCUAAUGACACAGUGUCAGGUCUCUCAGCAGCUGCCUGGAAGCGUCUCAACCACGACUUUGGAUUUUUUUGUUUUGUUUUUUUUAAUCAUCGUCUUUUGAUUUGUUGCUGUUCCUGAUGGGGUUAUCGGUGGGUCGGGAAGAACCGACCUUCGUGCCCCCCACAUUGUUCUCCUUGUGUGUACAUUUGUAACAGAGGUGUUGUGAUGAUCAGUGAACAGGAUUUUCCUUUUUUGUGUAUGUAUUGUAUCAUUGCUAUUUUUAUUAUUGUUAUUAAUGAUUAUUGGUAUGAUCAUUUUAAGAUUAGGUUCUAAUUUUCUGUUGUUUGUAAGGGCACAUUUAUUAUGAUGAAGACAUUAUACGUGCACAAAAAUCGGUAAUUAUUUGCUGUGUAACAUGAGGCUCCGUGUGAGCACACUGCCCCCUGCAGGUAAGAUUUUAUUCCUCACGGUACUAAUUGGUUCUUUGUUUUUGUUUUGUUUUUUGGAAGGUUGGCAACUUCCUUUUAUAAGAUCUAAAAUUUUAACUUGUUGCUCAGUAACUCACACCCGAAGAAGAGUCUCCUAGGUUCCCUGCAGUAAAAUGCACAGCUCUAUUUAUUUAUGUACUUUUAAUUUGUCUUAUGAAUCAUUGUUCCUUUUUUUUAAGUGUUAUCCCUGGUUUUUUUUAUUAUUAUUAUUUCUUUCUCAACUGCAGAACUAGUAGCAACUGUGUAAAUAUGCAGAUCCACUCAGCAGCAUCUUCUUAUCUCCAUCAUUAGACCCCCCCUCCAUCCAUCCCGAAAGGUGCUGACGUUAUCACGAGUCCAGUUUGACCACACUCACACCGCUCCCACUAAUGCUUCCCACUGUUCACUCUGUCAUGUACAUACGUAACAUGUUAGUCUGUCUGCUGACCUGUAGUGAACACUUGGAUCGUUUUCAUUUGCCGAUGAGGUCCCCCACACACUGUGAUGUCCGUCUGCACUUUGCGGGCGCUUGCUUUCACACACCGCUCAUUUUAGCUUGCAGGUGUUUUCGUUCGAAUAUGUGCUGUCCUUCCUCUUUUUUUACGGUUGCUUGUGGUGAAAUGGCUUCUGGCCAUCUGCUGAUCGGAUCAACGGUGUUUUUUUCUUUAUUUUGGAGAAUGGCAGGUUAGGAAGCAGCAAUGGCAUUGUUCUGUUGACUGUAGCGAGUGGCCUCCCUUCCAUUUGCUUCCCUAUUCUCACCUCUCUAAUAGGCCAGCAUUGACACACAAGACACUCAGUCACACACCACCCCUCUCUGAUAUUUUUUUUUUUUUUUUUUUUUUUGGUACAACUCCAUGUUUUAAUUUUAAUUUUUUUUGUAAAUACUGUAAAAUGCAUUUUGAUAUCAUUGACAUGUUUUGAUAUUUCAAAUCACGACUUUAACAGUUGAUCAGAAACGAGCUGAUUUGGGCAACUGUGUAUUUGUUCAGAGAAGGCCUGUCUUUUACUCAGAAAUAAUAUGAAUGACGAGAGAAACGGAAACUGGAGCUGCUAAAGACUAUUAUGCUAUUUCACCUCAUCACAGACAAACGUGGGGCUUUUACUGUGCAUCGGCGCUGUUGUGUCAAGCGGUCCAGCGGGACAAGGGAGGAAAAACCUUUUGUAGUCGAGCUAAUUCACUGUCACACACAUGUACCUGAAAAACUCAGCUUCAGAUGAGAUAUAAGUCUUCUUCCUCUGCCUCUUUUAUUGGAAAUUUAUUGGGGGGGAACAACCUACCUCUGUUUUUGCAAAUUCAUGGUCAAAAACAGAGGUAGGUUGUUUCCCCCCCCCAAUAAAUUGGGACAUUUUUAUAAUUAAACUUGUGGUCUCUUGACACAACUGAAUCGCAAAGGAGGGGUACAAAGGACACUGGCUCUCAAUCCAAAGCACCAGGGACCAGAGUUCGUGCUUUACUAUGAAGGAAUUUUUUUUAAUCUAUUUAAAAAUGAGGCAAGAGAAAUGUUUGAGAAAAGUAAAAAUGGGAAAAACAAGAACACGUGGGACAGAUUUGUUGCUAAGAAGCGGUGCAGGAAGAGGCGUUUUCCUCCCCUGUACUUUGAAAUGCUGUUGUAUAAAAUGCAGUCCGACUUCUUUCUGUCCUGUAAGUAAAGCCGUCACAACGUUGAUCAUUUCUGUAUUUCUAUUGUGCUGAUGUAUAAUACUGUAACAUUCAGGGGUGGGGAGGGUUAAGAGAGGACUUUUGGGGGAGGGGGUGGGGAGUAAAGAUUUUUUUUGUUUGUUUGUUCGUUUGUUUGUUUUUUGUUUUUGUUUUUCCCUGUUCAGUUCCUCAUUUUUCCUCUUGAUGACAAAGCAGUAUUGAAUAUGAGGCAGUCUGUCCUUGGGGAGUUGCUUUGUAUCUCAUGUUAGGGUAGUUUCAGAUCCUAAAUGUCUUGUGUAGUAAAAUAAGAGGUUCCUUCGUAUGUUUCUUUAUAUUGUAAAGUUUCUUUAGACGAAAAAAAAUAUUACUUAUUGGAAAAAAGGUGGGAAUCUGCAUUGAUAAUGUAUUUUUUUGUUUUGUUUUGUUUUGUUUAAUUUUCAUCAAGUUGUCAGUCGUUUUUUGCCUGUGUCCCCCUUGUUGUAGAUACAUAUUAAAAAUAAAUAAAAUGACUUCACUCCUUU